CCGCGGAGUACAGUGCUGAAGCCUACAGACUUGGACACGAGAGAGGCGCCGGGACCUUUUCUGCUUCACGCGACUUUGGAUAGACUCGGCGAAAUGGCUACCGAGACACCUGUUUUUUCCCCGCUCAAAACUUACUUUCUUUUGCUUUUGGGUGGUUUGAUAACAGUAGCUGCCCAGGAAAAAGGCAGUUUGUACAUGUGGAUCGAUGCCAACCAAGCCAGAGUUCUAAUUGGUUUUGAAGAAGAUAUUUUGAUAGUGUCAGAGGGUAAAAUGGCCCCUUUCACUCACGACUUCAGGAAAGCGCAGCAAAGGAUGCCCGCAAUUCCUGUCAAUAUCCACCACGUGAACUUCACCUGGCAAGCCACGGAGCAGGCGGAGUACUUCUACGAGUUCCAGACGCUGCGCUCUCUGGACAAGGACAUCAUGGACGACCCCACGGUCAACGUUCCCGUGCUGGGCUCCGUCCCGCACAAGGCCUCAGUGGUGCAGGUGGGCUUCCCCUGCCUGGGCAACCAGGACGGCGUGGCGGCGUUCGAGGUGACCGUGCUGGUGAUGGACGCCGGGGGCAACGUGGUCCUCCGCACCCCCCACAACGCCAUCUUCUUCAAGACCUGCCAGAGAGCUAAAUGUCCUGGCGGCUGUCGUAACGGGGGCUUCUGCAAUGAGAGGCAGGUGUGUGAGUGCCAAGACGGCUUCUACGGGCCCCACUGCGAGAAAGCCCUUUGCACCCCCAGGUGUGUGAACGGGGGUCUGUGCGUCAGUCCAGGCGUGUGCAUCUGCCCACCCGGUUACUACGGCGACAACUGCGACAAAGCCAACUGCAGCACCACCUGCCUGAACGGGGGCACCUGCUUCCACCCCGGGAAGUGCAUCUGCCCCACAGGGUACGAGGGGCACCACUGCCAGAUCAGUAAAUGCCGGCAGCCGUGUCGGAACGGCGGGAAGUGCACGGGACGGAACAAGUGCAAGUGCAGCAAGGGUUUCCAUGGCGACCUGUGCUCAAAGGCUGUCUGUGAUCCUGGCUGCGGUACCCACGGGACGUGUGCGGAGCCAAACAGGUGCCAGUGUCGGGAAGGCUGGCACGGACGCACCUGCAACAAGAGGCACCGGGGGGGUGCGGCCAGACUUUCGGGGCCCAAGCACAAACAGCCCCCACCCUCACCCAAGGACACAAAGGAGGGAGCCCACAACAGAAGCCCUCCAGAGACCAACUACGUCGUAUGA